UAUCAUUUGUAUCAAGACACGUUCGAUAAUAUUCAAAAAUCCGUGUUUACAUCUUCGUAAUAAAAUAAUUCGUAAUAUUUAUAUUAUUCAGUGUCUACCAGUGGUCACUCAUAACAGCGCAAUUAACUCUACUUAAGUGAACUGUCGAUUAUGUCGUCGGCAUCACGAUCGACAAUUUUUUAUACGGUUUUUAAGAUCCGCGUAUAAAUCUGAUGGCCGCACCGAAGGCGUCUCGACGUGGACAAAAAUCAUUGGCGCAGUACUCUGAAACGAUCGGUGGAUGCAAUGUCUCGAUCCUGCCCGCCGUGGUUCUGUCUACCGUCACCUGGUAUUUGUUACAGUACGUUGUCCAACCAUUGUUCGGUUCACCUGAUGAGUAUUAUAUAGAUGAAGAAUUUCACGUGCCCCAAGCGCAACACUAUUGCCGAGCAGAGUUUCAUAAAUGGGAUCCCAAAAUAACUACUCUACCUGGACUUUAUUUGUUGUCAAGCACUGUGUUAGUACCUUUUAUGAAGAUAUAUGACACAGUAUUAUCACUACUUGGUGUAUUAGAUAGUGAUGACCUUCGAAUCAAUGAUCCCUGUUCUUUGGUUGCAUUGCGGGCUGUAAAUGCAGUAGGAGCUCCAGCAUGCUUAUAUUACGCAUACUAUCGUUGUCAACAAAUUCUUUUUCAGAAUGAAAAUAAGAAAACAAAAAUUGCAAAAUGGACUUGUAUGUUCUUGGCGCUGAAUGUAGCAACAUUCCCAGUUAUUUAUGCGCCAUAUUCAAUGCUUUAUUAUACAGAUGCAUGGGCUACAGCGUCUGUUUUCUUAUGGUACUCUAGUCAUUUGAGUAAUGAGACUCAUUUUUUGGUUAAAGUUAUAUUUGGUGGAUUUUCUGUUCUGUGUCGUCAGACAAACAUUGCAUGGUUAGUGUUUGCAUCCAUUAUAGAUGUAUGUCACUGCGCCGAACAAUGUUUUCCUACAGUAAAAAAUAGUGUUUCGCUAUUUUCUUAUAUCCAAGCUUCUAUUACUGAACUCUACUAUUGCUGUUCAAUUAAAAAAAAGAAUAAGUCCAAGAAGUUAAUAGACUUUUUUCAGAAAUGUUUACAUGUCACCAGCUCAAGUGUCAUAGUUAUUGUAUCUUUUGUUUCAUUUGUGGUUUUUUUUAACAAUGGUGACAUAGUUGUCGGAGAUCGACAUGCACAUAUUCCUCGUUUUCAUCCAAUGCAAUUAUGUUACUUUGUAAUAUUUGUAUUAGCGUUUUCAUUGCCAUGGUUUUUAUCUCAGACUUAUUUUAAAAGACAAACUUCUAAUUCUGUUAAAAAACAUUUCAAUUUAGCUAAAGCCUUUAAUGAAAUCCACAGCAAUAUAUCCAAAGUAUUUGUUGUAAUACUAUUGAUAAUAAUAUCUGGAUUGGUGUAUUUUAACACUAUAGCCCACCCAUACUUGUUAGCUGACAAUAGACAUUAUACAUUUUAUGUUUGGCGAUUGUUGUUUAGUCCUGGUAAACCAAUCUUUUUGAGAUAUUUACCAGUGCCAUUGUAUGCUUACAGUCUAUGGUUAGUGGAUAGAACAUUGAUGCAAUCGUCAAUUGCUUAUAGAUUGGCAUAUUGGAUAGUGACACCCCUUAUUCUUUGUGCCCAAUUUUUAUUGGAGCCUCGUUAUUUUGUUGUACCAUACCUUAUGUAUAGGUUACACAGUAAUAAACAUUCUACAAAUAAUUAUACUUUUAAAGCAGCAUUCAUUGAAUUUAUAGCAUACCAAGUUUUUAAUUUUAUUAUUAUGAGGAUAUUUUUAUAUAAUCCUUUCGUUUCAACCAUGGACAACACGGGUCGAUUGGAUCGCUUUACUUGGUGAUCUCUAUUGUUAAUUAUUUUUAAAUUGUUCAUAUUUAAUUGAAAAUUCUACAUUUUUAUUAUUGAUUUUGUUAUUUGCUAUAGAAAUCAGACCAGCAUUAUUAUAAUACAUAAAAUUAUAAUUUUUGUAGCAAUAUCAAAAUCCAAUUUUGUAUUUCAUCAAUAGUGACUUAUAAAAUAUUACAUUUUUUAUUCUGAUAAUAAUGCCUACAUUUUAUAUUUACAUCAAUUAUGCUGAAUUUAAAAUCUGUAUAAAAGAAAUUACUACACAUUAUGCUGUUUUACAUAAAUAAUUAAUAUAUUGUGAAUUAAUAGUCAAUUAAUCAAUGUUUUAUGUAUCUUGGUAUAACAGAAAUAAAUUUCUAACCUUUUUUAGAUAAAAUAAAUUGUUCUACUGAGUAGAAUUAAUUUAAAAAAAAUGUUAGAUCACAAAAAUAGGUUUUUGGACAAAUUUCAUAUUAAUAUCAAAAUUAAAAUAUGGGACAAAUUAUGUUGAUACUAUAAUUACAAUUGCCACACAUCCGAUUACUUAACUAAUAAACAAAGAAUGUAUGAAUAUUUUUGUGGACACAUAUUUAAAUAAUUCUUGUUGAUAAAAUAAGAAUUUCUAUUGAAUUGAUUGUAUGUGUAAUAUUGAUUUGUUAAUAUUAUUUUUAUUGGUUAAUUAAAUUAAAUUAUAUUGAACUCUGUAAUUAAAACAAAGAUAUAAAGCCCAUAUAAAUUGUAUUAUAUUAAAUAUAGGUAUUUUCUUACCAUUAUAUAAUUUUAAUACAAGUAUUAUAAUAUACUACUUGUAGAAGAAUAAUAACAUUAAUAUUUUUGUAUUGAUAAUGCAAUAAUACAAAAUAUUUAUUUUUGUUUUAAUUAAAUAAGUUGGGAUUCUAUUUAAAAAUAAUAAAUUUCAUAUUUUACAAUUGUUUCUGAAAAAAAUUGUAUAGAUUUAAAUCAUAUUUAUAUUCUGUAUUUUCAAACAUAAAAUAUACUAAAAAUAUAUUAAAAUAUUAGAUUAUUAUAAGACUGACAAAGUUUUUUAAUAUAAAUAUAUUUAAUUUAAUAAUGUAACAGACUGACACAUUUUUUAUUUAUGUAUCAAAAAAAUUGAUUAGAUUGUCAAUAUUUUAAUUUUAAAUACAUUUAAUAUUAAAUUUAUUUGAAAUGA